UUUUGUUCCAUUUACAUUCCAAUUUUUGACGCGUACUUUUAUAAUUCAAUUCAGCUGGUUUGCUGGAUUUGCUAGUAGGUCCUUACGUAGUAGGCUUUACUUGCAACAUCUUUCCACCCCUACAUGUGGAAUUUUGCGUUUAACAACACCAUAAGCUUAACUAAUAAUUUUUCGAUUUCUACCGCGCAAUUUCACAUUUUCCAAAAAUGAACAUAGCUGGGGUAAAGAUGGAGAUGGAUACUAUGGUAACCAAUGUGUGGAAAGAGGCGGAGCAGUGGCAGAAAUUAGUUCAACGAGGGAGAGUGACAAUGAAACAAAUUGCCACCGUAAAUGCCCGAAUCUUUGCAACUGAAAAUCAGUUAAACAACGUUGACAAGCCACGCGAACUUCGUUCCACAGAGAAACGCAUCCAGCAGAUGUUUCUGCGGCUGCAGAACCCUCUCCAAAUUAUGCAGAAGGUUUUGGACUCGCUGGCAAAGAUCAAAGAUAGCACUACGCGAAUGCAUAGUCGCCUGGGCCUUUGGAUUGAUGAUGAACAUGUAACGAAGCACAGGAUCCGGCCCCACCUAAGGGCUCCCAAGCUUUUGGAAGUGCUGAAGUUCCUUUGCCAACGAUAUGACGCUGAGUGGGAAGUUAAGGAAAUGGUUGUAUACCAUUUGGAGCACAUUAGUAAUUCGUACGAUCUGGGAAUAUUGUUGGAGGCGUGGUGCAAUUGUCGUCAUGCUGGCGGAGGGCAGUUUCUAAGUAAAAUGGGCGAGUUUUACGAUGCUAUUGGACGGAGCCGUUCAUUUGUAACUUUCCAGCAAAAUGAAAAACUUCCGCAUACCUCCGACAAUAGAAAAUCGCGUCACACUUGAAAAGUUUAAAGAACCCUCUUCCAAAUGAUUUUAUUUGCUGUUAGUAUUACUUGCUUUCCAGAAAAAAACGGUUACCUAUCAAAUUAAAAAUUUG